UGCGAAGCAACGGGGAGCUUUCCUGGUAGAGGUGUAUGACGACGGACGCAAAGAUCCACCACUCGACAACCGAAUCCGACGGUUCAACGACAAGCGCAUAGCUUGCACAGCUUUCAAAACGACCCGACGACAUAAUUGACCGGUUAAAAUACACGAACAUUGCCCAUCAUGCCGCAAAAACCGAUGCGCCUGCCGCCUGUCAAGGUCCUCCGUGUUCGUAACCCCAACGGCAAGGUUGAGCAGCCUUGCAUGCAGGUCAUGACCUCAGUUCUUGCAUGCUGGGCCUCAGCAGGCUACAACACCUCUGGCUGCGCCGCUCUCGAGAACGCCCUGCGCGGCUGCAUGGAUCAGCCCAAGAAGCCCAAGGAGCCUUCGUCCACCGUCAACUACCACCUCGGCCGUAUGUACGACAAGAUGAUUCCCCACUCCAAGGGCAAGUAAAGCAGGUCGCGCGGCGGGGACAGAGCUCAUACACCGAACUUAUUGCAAAUAUGGGGGGCCGACCAUAGGGAGAUGGAGGUCCUCCCCGAAUGGCAUACUCCGGGAGAGAUCGCGAGGGCAAUGGCGCUACGUUCACGACAGCUGAACCGACCAUGGCAGCAGCAGAGGCGGAUUCGGCCGAUGACGGUUAUUUGAUCCGUCUGGAAGUGGUGAAUCGGGCACAGCUUGAGGCAUAUGAGAUGUACAACCACACUAUUACACACGGAAUUUGGCGUUCAAGAGGAUCGACGUUGUAUACUAUGUACCAUACGAG